UCCGGUGACCUCUGGCCCUUUUCUCUAGUCCGCUCCUAGUGUCUGGCGUGCUCGCUCCUCCAUCGCCUUCCCUGUCUCCGUCCACUGUGCCUUCGUACGCUGCCGGGUGACUGUGGCGUCCGCGACGGGCUGGGAGGCGGUGGCAGGGGACAGUCGUCAUGGCCUCCUCUAAGCCCGUGGAGGCGGCAGUGGUCGCCGUGGCUGCGCCGGGCCCCGGGAGUGGGGUAGGCGGUGGCGGCGGGGCCUCGGGCCCCAGCCCGGGCGGCCUCCCUCGAUGGCAGGUGGCACUGGCGGUCGGGGCGCCCCUGUUGCUGGGCGCCGGUGCCAUGUACCUGUGGAGCCGACAGCGGAAACGCCGGGAGGCCGGGGGCCGGGGCGACGCCAGCGGCCUGAAGCGCAACAACGAGCGGAAGACCCCGGAGGGCCGGGCCAGCCCAGCCCUGGGGAGCGGACUUCCGGAAGCUUCGGGAGCCCACCUGGAACUGAACUCUCUUGAUAGAGCCCAAGCAGCCAAGAACAAAGGCAAUAAAUAUUUUAAAGCAGGAAAAUAUGACCAGGCUAUUCAAUGCUACACUGAGGCUAUUAGUUUGUGCCCUACUGAGAAGAAUGUCGACCUUUCCACAUUUUAUCAAAACAGAGCUGCUGCCUUUGAACAGUUGCAAAAAUGGAAAGAGGUGGCACAGGAUUGUACAAAGGCUGUUGAACUUAAUCCCAAAUAUGUGAAAGCUCUCUUUAGACGUGCAAAAGCCCACGAGAAGCUAGACAAUAAGAAGGAAUGUUUAGAAGAUGUCACUGCUGUGUGUAUAUUAGAAGGGUUCCAAAAUCAGCAAAGCAUGCUAUUAGCUGAUAAAGUACUUAAACUUCUUGGAAAAGAGAAAGCCAAAGAAAAAUAUAAGAACCGUGAACCUCUGAUGCCAUCUCCACAGUUUAUCAAAUCUUACUUCAGUUCUUUCACGGAUGAUAUAAUUUCUCAACCCAUGCUUAAAGGAGAGAAGUCUGAUGAAGAUAAAGACAAGGAGGGAGAAGCUUUAGAAGUAAAAGAAAAUUCUGGAUAUUUAAAAGCCAAACAGUACAUGGAAGAAGAAAACUAUGAUAAAAUCAUAAGUGAAUGCUCAAAAGAAAUAGAUACUCAAGGCAAAUACAUGGCAGAAGCAUUGUUGCUACGAGCCACCUUCUACCUGCUUAUUGGCAAUGCCAAUGCAGCCAAACCUGACUUAGAUAAGGUCAUCAGUUUGAAAGAAGCUAAUGUGAAGCUUCGAGCAAAUGCCCUCAUCAAAAGAGGCAGCAUGUACAUGCAACAGCAGCAGCCUUUGCUGUCUACUCAGGAUUUUAAUAUGGCUGCUGACAUUGAUCCUCAGAAUGCAGAUGUGUAUCAUCACCGAGGCCAGCUGAAAAUACUUCUUGAUCAAGUUGAAGAAGCAGUAGCAGAUUUUGAUGAAUGUAUUAGGUUAAGACCAGAGUCUGCUCUGGCACAAGCUCAGAAAUGUUUUGCAUUGUAUCGCCAAGCUUAUACAGGAAACAAUUCUUCACAAAUCCAAGCAGCUAUGAAAGGAUUUGAAGAGGUCAUAAAGAAAUUUCCAAAGUGUGCUGAAGGUUAUGCACUGUAUGCCCAGGCACUAACAGAUCAACAGCAAUUUGGUAAAGCUGAUGAAAUGUAUGAUAAAUGUAUUGAUUUGGAACCAGAUAAUGCCACAACUUACGUUCAUAAAGGUUUACUUCAACUUCAGUGGAAACAAGAUUUGGAUAAAGGUUUGGAGCUUAUCAGCAAAGCUAUUGAAAUUGAUAAUAAAUGUGAUUUUGCAUAUGAAACCAUGGGGACUAUUGAAGUCCAAAGAGGAAACAUGGAGAAAGCCAUUGAUAUGUUCAACAAAGCUAUUAACCUGGCCAAAUCAGAAAUGGAGAUGGCUCAUCUUUAUUCACUUUGUGAUGCGGCCCAUGCACAGACAGAAGUUGCAAAGAAAUACGGAUUAAAACCACCAACAUUAUAAAACCAGGAAAAAGGAAACUGACUCUUUUUAAAA